AUGGGGCUCUGUAAGUGCCCAAAGCGGAAGGUCACAAAUUUGUUCUGCUUUGAGCACCGCGUCAACGUCUGUGAGUAUUGCCUCGUCGAUGCUCACCCGAAUUGUAUCGUCCAAUCCUACUUGCAAUGGCUUCAAGACAGCGACUACGAUCCGAAUUGCGCCCUCUGUGAAACGCCUCUUCUGAGGUCAGACGAUUCGCGUGAAACGAUACGGUUGCAGUGUCUCCAUGUCUACCACUGGGAUUGCAUCGAUAAUUGGGCCCGCAAGAUGCCACCUAAUACAGCACCGGCUGGUUAUAGAUGCCCCUUUUGCAGGGAGGCUCUUUUCCCAGCUCCAGAGCAACAAUCUCCUCUGAUAGAGAAGCUACGUGCUCAACUCAAAGCGGCUAACUGGGCUCGUGUCGGCAUUGGCUUGCCAAUCCUUCCGGAACUUGACAAGCACCAACCUGCUGCCCCACCUCUCAAAGCGGAGCAUGGAACAUCCAACAACAUCCCGCCGACGCCUACGCAUCACCCAAUUUAUUCGCCACCCAACCGCCGUCCAAUGCAGUAUUCGGCAAACUACAGGACGAAUAGCCCGGCCACUGUUCUUGACGUAGACGAUGGUUUCGGAUCACGCACCUCUGAGCCUGACGUCACCGAGCGAAAGAAAUACAAUGGUUCGUAUGACUAUCGUGGAGAUGCACAGCCUCUACUGAGCCAGGACCGCGAUGCCGAUGAUGCUAGUAAUAAGUAUAAACGUCGUCCGGUUAUGCAAUGGCUCGGCGGAAUCUGGAGGGCUCGAUACGGCGAUGCAGCGCGCGCAAGUCCGCCGGUUGGCCGAGGAAAACGCAUCUUCUUCAUACUUUUCUUGAUCGUGGUAGCCGUCCUAACGCUCGUCCAUUUGAUGCGUACGAUGAGCGUCGAACGAAACCAAGAAGCUAAUCCAAUCUUCGAUCCAAUGGCAAAUCCGAAUAUUCGCAUAGGAGAUGUACCGGAAGUGCACAGCUUCAAC